GGGAAACUUUCAAUUUCAUAAAAAGUUUUUCAUUCGGAUUAAAGAAUGGAGGAAAAUUGAGAGACGGCGACGGUCUCCUCUGACCCACGUCAGAUAUUCAUUUCUCCCUUCUCUUCCGAUCCCCCUUCAUUUUGUUUAUUAAUAAUUCCUUCACCACUGUUACUGUUAAUGGCGGCUUCCUGUCACCGGAUCUCCGCCUUAUCAACGGACGUCAAUUUCAAUAUACAAGCCAAGUGGAACCGACGACGACAAGCCUCUGAAUCACAAUUCCUCCCCAAUUCAAAUCAAUGGCGAAAAGGAGGCAUCGUUUUGACAACGAAUAAUCGGCGGUGGUUGAUCGAGGCGGUCACGGCGGUGCAACGAUUGGAGGAGGAUGGAGGAGAGGAUAAGAGGAAAUCGAGUAGUACGGUUUGUUCGUACGCUUUACAGGAUAAGCCGGAGGUUGUGGAAGAUGACAAUCGGAAGGAUGUGGUGGAAAAUGACGACGGCGAUAGGAGGAGGAGGAGGAAGAGGAGGGCGGAGGUCGCAGUGGCGGCGGUUGUUACGAUGGGUUUGGGAGUAGGGAAUCGGGUGCUGUAUAAGCUAGCUUUGGUUCCUUUGAAGCAGUACCCAUUUUUCUUGGCUCAGCUCGCCACUUUCGGAUAUGUGGCUGUCUACUUCUCCAUCUUACAUUUCCGGUAUCGUGCUGGCAUUGUUACUGAUGAAAUGCUUUCCAUGCCGAAAGCUCCACUUCUUGUUGUUGGUCUCUUGGAAGCUCUUGGUGCUGUCUGUGGAAUGGCUGCUGGAGCUGUUCUUUCAGGAGCAGCUAUUCCAAUUUUGUCACAGAGUUUUCUCGUUUGGCAAAUCAUCUUGUCAUGUCUUUUUCUUGGGAGGAAAUAUAAAUUCAACCAGUUACUUGGCUGCUUCCUUGUUGCCGUUGGUGUAAUUAUUACAGUUGCCAGUGGAUCUAGUGCCGGUUCAUUGAUGGAAGCUGGUAUGUUUUGGAGUCUUCUAAUGAUUGUUUCCUUUUUGUUCCAAGCUGCCGAUACCAUAUUGAAGGAAGUCAUUUUCUUGGAUGCUGCAAAAAGAUUGAAGGGAGGCUCGGUUGAUCUAUUUGUUUUAAAUUCGUAUGGAUCUGCAUUUCAGGCGCUUUUUAUUUGCCUUCUCCUACCAUUCCUUUCAAGGUUAUGGGGUAUUCCAUUUCAUCAACUGCCGAUGUAUCUUUCAGAUGGGGCAGCUUGCUUUCUAAACAUGGGCACCGUGUCAAGUGGAUGUGAGGGAGCGCCGCUGCUACCGCUGCUGUUUUGUAUCGUCAACAUGGGGUAUAACAUAUCAUUGUUGCAUCUAAUCAAAAUCUCGUCCGCAGUCGUAUCCUCCCUUGCCUCGACAGUUUCUGUCCCGAUAUCGGUGUUUUUGUUCACACUGCCGCUACCAUACUUGGGGGUGGCUUCCUCCCUCCCAUCAGGCUUCAUAGCAGGUGCUGUUGUUCUUGUGAUGGGCAUGUUGAUUUAUGCUUGGACACCAUCUCGCCCUCCCAUGCCGUCAACCGUGACUACCCAUGAUUUUUGAAAUGCCGUUGGUUUUUUUUGUAGCGUAGAAAUAGGUAGAGAAUGAAUAAUAAUUUGUUGUAUAAUUCUUUGUAGCAUCAUCAUAUUGCCAUAAAACUGGGCAAUAUGUUUCUUAUUCUUGAUGUAGUUUUUCUCAAUAAAUGACUACAUUUUAAA